AUGGCCUCGCGUCGCUCCUCCGGCGUGCUCGAAACCCUCAGCUCUUUCUCGCUGAACAGACUCCAUGAUCCCUCUACGAAUCAUCCUCCCUUGAAGAAGCGAAAGACAUAUCACGCAGCUACAGGGGAACUCUCCCGCCAGACCAUCAGUAUCAGGGCACACGCCGCAGCUUUAUCAGACGAACCCUACGUCCUCGAACCCAUCGCCGUCGUCCCGCGAUCCCGGCUACCGUUCUCAUGGCUCGAUUCGCCAGCCGCAUUGUCGCAGAUCCAGAGCGGAAGUUUGUUCGUCGCCAACAUUCCUCUUUUGGAGGAGGGUUUGCAGAGUCGGACUGAGCCGUGCGUUCUGGCUGUGCGGUUGGUCGCUGAUGGAGAAUUAUACGCUGUUGAGCGGGUGAAAAGGGGUAUCUAUGCUCUGUCGAAGCUAGCUCGUGGUGUGGAGGAGGGAGAUAUCUUUGUUGCCGUCAAGGGAUGGAACCCUUCUACUGGGUGCGGCGAGGGGAUUCUGUCCGACCUUCCGUUGGGAGCAGAGAGUGGGGAGGAGUGGUGGCAGCAAGCCAAAAUCGAGGAUACAACAUCCGUUACUCCGCCAUCUGCCAAGCGCGCAAAGUUCGAUGUUUCGCUUGUCUUUAAUAAGGGGGCAGUUGAUGCUCGCGCUGACGUGACAUUGAAAGAGAUAUCGCCAGUGGAUUCGUUUGAGCAAAGGCCCUCGAUGGCUCCUCCUGCGCUGCCAAUGGAGAGGCGUUCGAGCUCAGACAUGCAGAUGCCGUUCGUGCUGCACGAUUCUCGGGAUGCUGAUGGUGCUGUGUUUGGGGACGUUGCUGCUAAUGGGGACUCUCAGCCCGUUGAUCCCUCGCAAUGUCCACAAGAGCUGCUGGAUGCUAUGAGGGAGCACUACCUGCAAGCUCUCUACAUCUCCAAGACUUCUGUGGCAUAUUUUGCCAAAGGACCUCUGGCACGAUGCCGCGCCGCUUUCCAGGCGUCCGGAUCGGAUUCUACAAAUACACCUCGACAUCUUGCAGACUUCUACCGAGAGUCUAUUCUGGCCGCAAAGAAGAUGGAUUUGAAAUAUCGUGAAACACUGCCUUUGACCAUCCGAGAUGUUCUUUUGAGUACGUCGGAUGAUGACGCGCGGAAGAAACGCAAGAGCAGGAAACGAAAAUUGGGCAAGAACGGACUCUACCCAGAAGAGCAGGGGUUCAUUCGCAAAUGGUGGAGAGAUCGAGCUCUGGCGGACAAUGGGGUUCCUGCAGAGUCGUCGCGCGACGCAGAGCUCAAGAAGCACAUCGCGGACUUGCGACUACGAGAGACACAGUUGCAGAUUCUGCUCAUUUUGGAGACGUUGGCCUUGGAGAUGAGCAGGCCUGGGGAGGUAUCAAAGACGGACGGUUCUCCCGAGAAGCCGUCGGACGAUACCAGGACCAAAUCCAAGAAAAAGCCACAGGAUUUGGAUGUGCUGCUCGAACUGCACCUUGACCGGCUGUGCAUUUGGCAUGCGGUCAGUACCGAUGACACAGCAUUGGCAGAGUCCGCAAAAUCCUUCGACAGUCAGACGGGUAAGAAGAUCGAGAGCGAUGCCGUCCGGGACUUUUGCACCGAGGUCAUCGUUCCAUUUUAUGCUUCACGUCUGCCGGACAGAUGCAAGCUGAUCACCCGCAAGCUCGGUGUCUCGGGGGCGAUAUCGCCCUUGGCGAAACAAUCCGGCAGCACAAAGAAGACAUCUCGCACACAGCCUGGGAAGCCUACUGAGCGGCAGUCUUCUCAGAGAAAUCCGCGUCGAUCUUUGCAGCGGGUGCUCACCGACCAGCAAACGGCCUCUCAAGGACGACCCCCGUCUCUGGGACGCUCCAACACUGUACCGUCGCAAUCAGAGGCCAAGCGCGAGUCGAUGGAGCCGCUGCUGCCGGUGCCCAGCGUCAGUGCGAGAGGAGGUAUCCAGAAGCCGAAACGGGCGGAAAACCGCGAAGUGGAUCUGAACGCAGUGGCUCGUCAGCACGAAGCCAAGCUGAAGAAGGUGCAAAUGCUGAUGGAGCAGAAGAAGGAGCUUGACGCGGCGAUCAAUGCGCUCCGCAAGCCAAACCGCGAACUGGUCGCGAAGGAUAUCGCAGAGGAUGCGGACAAGCGGGCAUCGGGCGGUAGCUCUAGAAAACCCAAGAACCCCGUCCGCAACCCGUUCGGGCAAGGCGUACAGGUCAUGGCCACCCCGAAGGGGAACCGCAAGAAGGACGCUAUUACGGGCUUGCCUCCGCCAUUCAAGAAUAUCGUGCGGUCGUCGGCAACUAAGAACGGAUCCUCGCCAUUUGCGAGUGAGCCACAGGUGGUUCCGGCAUCUACUCUCCGACCCAGCUUCAUCUCCAAUACUUCCGCCUCUGAGUCCAGGGCUGCACCUGGUUUGGUUUUGGGGGAUAUGGGUGCUAUCCAAGAAACGCCAUCUCGACGGCCGGCGCAGUCUUUGGGACUGAUGGACACCGCGGCGGACGAUGCAUCCCCGGGCGUAGCGAAGAACCUAUUCCGUGUUCCCCGACGCCCGAUCCCUAAAUCCGCCGACGUGGCGCCGAUUGCACCGCGGUCCGCCGAUCAGGUCAUCGGCAUCAAAUCAUCUACGGUGAUGGAGACACCGCCAAGGCCAGCCCCUGUCGUCCAAGAGAGCAUGCCUGUCGCCUCCCCCGCAGCCGUGCUCACCACACCAGUGAAGAGUAGCGCCAGACUGGCUGUGCCGGUCGUCUCGGCGGUGCCUGUGACGCCGGAGAAAUCUAUUUAUGAGGAAUUGGGAUGGGAUGAUGAUCUGGGUUGA